AUGUCGUCAAUGAAAGGACUGGUGCAGUUCAUCGCGGACUUGCGCAAUGCGCGGGCGCGAGAACUGGAGGAGAAGCGCGUGAACAAAGAGCUGGCCAACAUUCGACAGAAGUUCAAGUCUGGCAACCUUAACGGAUAUCAGAAGAAGAAAUACGUGUGCAAGCUCCUCUACGUCUACAUCCAGGGUUACGAUGUCGACUUUGGUCACCUCGAAGCCGUCAACCUCAUUUCUUCGAAUAAAUACUCCGAGAAGCAGAUCGGGUAUCUCGCCGUCACCCUGUUCCUGCAUGAAGAGCACGAACUACUCCACCUGGUUGUCAAUAGUAUUCGGAAAGACUUGAUGGAUAAUAGUGAGCUGAACAUCUGUUUGGCGUUGCAUGCAGUGGCCAAUGUUGGUGGCCGGGAGCUGGGAGAGGCUUUGGGCAAUGAAGUCCACCGUCUCUUGAUUUCCCCUACUUCGAAAGCUUUUGUCAAGAAGAAGGCCGCGCUAACGCUACUUCGGCUGUACCGCAAAUAUCCCGGUAUCGUUCGGAACGAAUGGGCCGAAAGAAUUAUUUCGAUUAUGGAUGACCCGGAUAUGGGUGUCACCUUGUCUGUCACCUCGCUGGUCAUGGCGCUGGCCCAAGAUAUGCCAGAAGAAUACAAAGGAAGUUAUGUGAAAGCUGCGCAGCGGUUGAAGCGGAUCGUGGUUGACAACGAUAUCGCACCGGACUACCUCUACUACCGUGUCCCAUGUCCGUGGAUCCAAGUCAAGUUCCUGCGUCUGAUGCAAUACUAUCCUCCAUCAGAGGAUAGCCACGUGCGUGAAAUUAUCCGGGAGUCCCUUCGGCAGAUCAUGCAGGCUGCGAUGGAAACCCCCAAGAACGUCCAGCAAAACAAUGCCCAAAACGCAAUCCUAUUCGAAGCCAUCAACCUCCUCAUCCACCUCGACUCUGAACACACUUUGAUGAUGCAAAUUUCUUCUCGUCUGGGCAAAUACAUUCAAUCCCGUGAAACCAACGUCCGAUAUCUUGGCUUGGAUGCGUUAACCCACUUUGCUGCGCGGGCAGAAACCCUGGAUCCAAUCAAGAAGCACCAGAACAUUAUCCUGGGCUCUCUUCGAGACCGAGAUAUCAGUGUUCGUCGCAAGGGACUGGAUCUGUUGUACAGCAUGUGCGAUACCACCAACGCCGGUCCCAUUGUAAAUGAGCUUCUCCGUUACCUUCAGACUGCUGAUUAUGCCAUUCGUGAGGAAAUGGUCUUGAAGGUUGCUAUUCUCACCGAGAAAUAUGCAACGGAUGCUCAAUGGUAUAUUGAUAUGACUUUGAAGCUUCUAUCUCUUGCGGGUGAUCACGUCAACGACGAAGUGUGGCAGCGAGUCAUUCAAAUCGUGACCAAUAACGAAGAAUUGCAGGCAUAUGCGGCCCACACGCUCUUCGGAUAUAUGAAAACCGACUGCCACGAGAGUUUGGUAAAGAUUGGCUGCUACGUCCUCGGCGAAUUUGGCCACCUAAUCGCCGAGAAUCCCGGAUCCAGUCCUAUCGAGCAAUUCUUGGCAUUGCAGGCGAAGAUGUUCACGGGAUCCGACAACGCAAGAGCCAUGAUCCUCUCGUCGUUUGUCAAGUUUGUCAAUCUUUUCCCCGAGAUUAAGCCACAGCUCCUUCAGAUUUUCCGCCUGUACAGCCAUUCUCCUGAUUCAGAAUUGCAACAGCGAGCGUUUGAGUACCUAUCAUUGGCAACACUUCCGACCGACGACUUGCUGCGAACUGUCUGCGAUGAAAUGCCACCUUUCUCAGAGCGUACCUCCAUUCUUUUGUCACGGCUACAUCAGAAGACAGCUGGCACUAGCGAGAGAAAGACAUGGGUGGUUGGUGGUAAAGCCGCGAACGCAGACAAGCAAGAAGUUCUCAUGGCGCAAACUACUGGUCUCAAGCGUUCAUUCACCACAAUUGUUCACGGUCACAAGACUGGAUCUAACGGUAGCACUCCCACCAGUGCAAAAAGUGCGUCUGGCGACCUGGCAGGAUUGGACUUCAACAAUGGCCCAGUGGCACCUGCUCCAAACCUUGCCAGCGCAGCUCACCUGACACCAGAGUGGGACAUUGGCUACAACAAGCUUUACUUCUCGCACGAGGGUGUUCUCUUCCAGGACGCCCAGAUCCAGGUUGGCCUACGGUCAGAAUAUCGUGGCCAUAUGGGAGUGGUUAAGCUCUACAUCUCCAACAAAUCCUCUUACCCCAUUGGGUCGUUGACUACUACUAUUGACAAUCCCGCCUCUCCAAACCUCAAAAUUGAUAGCAAAAACCUGCCUGAGUCUAGCGUUGCGGCAUCUGGGCAAACCCAGCAGACAAUCUUCUGCGUGUCACACGGUCCCUUCUCGGAUGCCCCGACCAUCCGUAUCUCCUACCUGGCCGGUGCCCUCCAGGCCUACACUCUCCAACUGCCCGUUCUGAUGCAUCGGUACAUGGAACCAUCAUCUCUAUCCGCGGAAGACUUCUUCCAGCGCUGGAGACAGAUCGGUGAUGGGCCCCUAGAGGCUCAGAAGACCUUUGGUCUGAGCGGAAAGCACAAGAUAAUUAACGAGGCUUACACCCGACGAACUGUAGAAGGAUUUGCAUGGAAGAUCCUGGACGGCGUGGACCCGAACAGCAAAAAUAUUGUCGGCUGCGCAGUGUACCAGUUUGAAGGAGGCAAGAUCGGCUGUCUACUGCGUCUGGAGCCCAACUACGAGAAAUCGAUGUACCGAGCCACAAUUCGUGCCACACAAGAAGGCGUUCCACAGGCACUGGUGAAGCAGAUGGAGCAGAAGCUCGGCCAGGGGUUUAAAGAUUCUGGAUCUGGGUCCUACGACGAGUGA